AUGCUGAAGUUGCUAAACAAAGACGCGAACAUAGAAUUGAUUCAGAAUCAUAUUGACGAGUUUGCGAAGGAAGGAUUGAUGUAUGUCGCCACGACUGCUGUAGAGGAUAAGUUGCAAAACAAAGUGCCCGAGACGAUCAAAUUUCUGCGCGAAGCAGGGAUUAAACUGUGGGUGUUGACUGGUGACAAGAGAGAAACGGCUGAAAACAUUGGAUAUUCAGCGAACUUGCUUGAUAGGAACAUGGAGGUGGUGCAUAUUGCAGGAAGCUCAUCCGCGGAGGUGCAAAGACAACUUAAUGACACUCUCGACCGUCAUGUGUUGGAUGCGCAAACUCCACAGCGACGGAAGAGCUUCAGCGCAAGAGCUGAGUUGCCUCGUCGGCUGUCCAUGCGGCAGAAGAAAAAAGUGGAAGAAGAAGAGGUUGUUGUGAUCAUUGACGGGGCUUCUCUGCACCACGCGAUUGAGGAUCAUUCAGAUGUAUUCAUGGCGUUGUCCGAUCAUACGAAGGUUGUGAUCUGCUGUCAUGUGACGCCGCUACAGAAGGCACUAGUGGUUCGAUUAGUGCGGGAAAAGAGAAAAGCGAUGACUUUGGCUAUUGGAGAUGGUGGAAACGACGUGUCGAUGAUCCAAGAUGCGCUGCCAUAG